UAUUUUAACUUUUUGACUAUUUUAUUUUUUAUAAAUUAGUUAGUACUACUUUAUUGCAAAAUAUUCGAAAUUACGGUGGAAAAAAAAUCACCCAUUUGAUGUUGUAAAAGAGCCAAGUGGCAGUAGAAUAUCAAAGGAGAGUAGCAUAAGAAAAUCAGUGGACACAAUUUGGCAAUCAACAAUAACCGCCGUCCGGCAGAAUUUCACACUCUUCAGAGAUGCUGAAGUUUAAAAUUUGAAAAAGAGACUUUAUUUUAGAAGUAGAUUGAACAACAAGGAAAAUAGGCUGUUUGAAGGAAUAGGGUGAGGAAGGAGGAGCAGUAGACAUGGUGCAAAGUAUGUCUAUGAGUACUCUUGCAACUUCUAGGUAUUGCGGAGUUUGUGGAGCCAUCUGUUUGAGGAGGCAGUUUGGAAAAAUAAAAGAAACCACUAUAGGUUUUGGGGAAAGUCAAUUCAUUUGGAAUGAUCGCCGGAAAAGCUCGUCUUUUGCAACCAAUGUUGAUAUAAUAAAGCCGAGAUGUUUGAGAGUUCAAGCUGGAUGGUUGUUUAAAGGAGGUGACAAAAGCUCAGAAGCAAACGUUGAACGUAGCGAGAAUGCUAAUGAAGAUAUAUUGAUGUUCUUUUUCCAGCUGGACCUGGCUACACGCGUGCAGUAUGCUUUGAAUGUGGAGCAGUAUGAAAUUGCACAACAACUAAGAGAGAAGCUCACUGAGGUGGAAUCAGAGGUUUUGAGACAGCAAGAAUCCAGAAGAGGAUCAGCCUCAAAGAGUGAAGCUCAAGAUAUGGCCAUAAGCAUCUUGCGUCUACGUGCAGACCUGCAAAAUGCAGUUCAAAGUGAAAAUUAUGAUUUGGCAGCUAAAUUACGAGAUGAUAUUUCCAAGCUAGAGGCAGAGUCUCUGACUGCAUCAUUAAGAGCUCAGGCAUAUGAAAAUGCUCAAUAUGCAUUUCGAUUAGGCCAGAAAGUGAAUCACAAGAAUUUUGGAUAUCGUGGUGUAAUAUGUGGGAUGGACCCGAUAUGUUGUGAAUCAACUUCAUGGAUGGAAACUGCUCGAGUAGGGAAGUUGACCCGUGGUCCAGAUCAACCAUUUUAUCAG